UAUUAUUACUCCUCUGUGCAUUGUUCUUUCAGCCUCAAACCUCAUUCAUAUAUUCACAGUCCCGCCCUGAUAAGAUACACAUCAAUAUUGACUCUUCAUUACAGCGCCACCUGCUGGCUACAGGAAGUGACAUGUUUUAAUCUUUGAUGAACUGCUCUUGGCUGCUUUACAAUAUACAUCUCAAAUGAGCUGCACAUAUAAAAAAACACUUCAAAGGAUUCAUUAAGCAAAUAUUAUUAGUUGUCAGUUUGCUUUAAUGUCACAGUGUCGGUGAUGUUAGAAUCCUCUGAUGUCUUAGAUGUAAAGGUGAAAGAUUUAUAAGAUCUGUAGAGAGAAAAGAGUGUUUUUGACCUGAACAGAUCUAUAAGUCCAGUAUAGUGAUAGCGAUAGACCAUACUGUUGCUCUUAAUAGAGUUAAUUAGUGUGUUAAAACGUGGAAAAAGAGGAAGUGAACGAGAGAGAGAGGAGCAGAGAUCUGUUUCUGUUCGGAGGAAGUCAAACUAUUCUACAGUCUCUGGCAGCAGCUGAAAUGGCGCAGCAAGAAAAUCAACCGGCCAGACAAACACUCUCCUGUUCGAUCUGUGUGGAUCUACUGAAGGAUCCGGUGACUACUGGCUGUGGACACAGCUACUGUAAGAGCUGUAUUAACACCCACUGGGACAAAGAGGAGGAGAGAGGAAGCUACAGCUGUCCUCAGUGUAGACAGACCUUCACACCGAGGCCUGUCCUGGAGAGAAACACUAUGUUAACGGAUUCAGUGAAGGGGCGGAAGAAGACUGGACUACUCAAAGCUCUCAAGUCCUGUCGGGUUCGUUUGACCUCUUAUUGGAAAAAACACCUCCAGCCUCAUCUUCAGUCAGCUCCAUUGAAGAAGCACAAGCUGGUGGAGCCCUCAGAGAAGCUCCAGGAGAACAAACAAACAAUCCAGCAGAGAGUCCAGGACACAGAGAAAGACGUGAAGCUGCUUCAACAGGAGGAGGAGGCCAUCAAUGGCUCUGCUGAUAAAGCAGUGGAGGACAGUGAGGAGAUCUUCACUGAGAUGAUCCGUCUGCUGGAGAAAAGAAGGUCUGAUGUGAAGCAGCAGAUCAGAUCCCAGCAGGAAACUGAAGUGAGUCGAGUCAGAGAGCUUCAGGAGAGACUGGAGCAGGAGAUCACUGAGCUGAAGAGGAAAGACCAGGAACUGCAGCAGCUAUCAGACACAGAGGAUCACAACCAGUUUCUACACAACUACCCCUCACUAUCACCACUCAGUGGAUCUACACACUCAUCCAGCUUCAGGAUCCGUCCUCUGAGGAACUUUAAGGACGUGACAGCAGCUGUGUCCCAGGUCAGAGGUCGACUACAGGACCUUCUGAGUGAGACAGAGACAGAGAUUCUACAGAUUGUGUCUCAAGUGGAUGUUUCACUGCCACAACCAGAGCCAGAGACCAGAGCUGACUUCUUAAAAUAUUCACAGGAAAUCACACUGGAUCCAAACACAGCAAACAAACGUCUGUUAUUAUCUGAGGGAAACAGAGACGUAACAUUUAUGAGAGAAGAACAAUCUUAUUCUGAUCACCCAGACAGAUUCACUUUCUGGCCUCAGGUCCUGAGUAGAGAGAGUCUGACUGGGCGUCGUUACUGGGAGGUGGAGGUGGGAGGAGCAGUUGGUGUAGGAGUCGCAUACAAGAAAAUCAGCAGAGCAGGAGACUCACUUGAAUGUUUAUUUGGAUUCAAUGAUAAAUCUUGGUCAUUCUAUUGUGGUAGAAACAGUCAUUCGUUUUCUUACAACAACGUCCAGACUCCAGUGUCAGGUCCUGUGCCCUCCAGAGUAGGAGUGUACCUGGAUCACAGUGCAGGUGUUCUGUCCUUCUACAGAGUCUCUGACACCAUGACUCUCCUCCACAGAGUGAAGACCACAUUCACUCAGCCUCUCUAUGCUGGAGUUAGUGUUUAUAAUGAUGGAUCCACAGCUGAGUUCUGUAAACUCAAAUAGACUUGAUUCAUUAAAAGCAGUGAUUGAGAUUCUGUAUGUAAAUCUUUAACUUCUUUUGUCUCCCAAUUAUGCAGUCCAAAGAAAACUGUAGUUUUGUUGUUUUUAUGUUUCUAUUGCUGAUACUUACCCUAAUCUUUUUUUAACAGGAAAAAUGGAUACUUGAUUUUUAAUUUAUUUUUAGUAUCAGCACUUUGCCUGUUCUUGGUUUUAAAUGGAUAAAUACUAGAUUUUUCUUUGCUUUUGUGUCAACAGUACCCUAAUAUGCAGCAAAGUUUAUUAAAAUAUUUUUUUUUGAA